AUGAUUAUUGAAAUAAAUAAAUGUUUUGAUAUAUAUGUAAAUAUAUGAUUUAUUUCUCUUCAUAACCAAAAUGUUAAAUUUCAUCAAAUUAAUGUAAUGAAUAUUCCAUUAGAAAUAGCAAACCAAGCCAAAAUAAAAAGUGGCUGUACCCUUGAAGAACUUGUCAAUAUGAAAAUCCCUAAAGUUCGAUUUGACCCUCUCUAUCACCACCAAAGGUUUCCACAAUUUUCUUUACGUUCGAAGCCAUCUAAUUCUCUGAUAUGCGAAUCCCCUGUCUCAAUUAUUAGUGAAAGAGAACAUCUAAAAAGCUCUAAUUUUCCUUAUAAAAAAUUUAUUUAUUACUAACCCAAAUAAAUAGCUAUUUCUUGAACAAUAAUACUAGAGAAAAGGGGUAAACAAACUCCUUCAAACCAAAAAACUCAGAAACGAUUCUACAGAUUUGUAAAAUCUGACCAAAAACCCAAAAACUCAAUGUUCCACAACUAUGAUUUAGCCGAUAUUCAAUAUCAAGAAUUUAUUAACGACAGUGCUUCUCUAGAAAAAUUGCUAUCAACUCGAUAUUCCUCAUACAGAGCAUCAAGGCUGCCUAGCAGCUCAAAAGCCAAAGAAGUAAUUGAGCGGAUUUCCUCUAUGCAUUUUUAUGUCAAUAAUGAAAAUAAAGAAAAGCCUCCAUCCAGAAGAGCUAAAACCCCAAGCCUAAAACGAAGAAAAGACCAUGAAAAUUCAAUAAAUCCUAACUGUGAUCUUAAACAAUAUUUAAAGAAGCAUGAAAGCUUGCCGAUCCCUAAUAUAGUUGUGGAAUCUACGGCACAAAAAUUGUCUGCAAGAGUCUGUGAAACUGAAGGAAAUACCUAAACUUUAACUUAUUACAGAUCCCGACUUCUGCUUAUUGUUAGCGCAGUCACAAAGGAUCUCCUAAGAGAUUCACCCUCUUUCCGACGUCGUCAGAAAUAACUUUUUAAGUUGGGAUGAUGAACUCACUUGGCAGUUAGCUCGAGCACUACCUUUCCUCUUCUUCAUUGCCUGAUACCAUGGAGCCUGCGAAGUAGGAUUCUAUAUCUCCAUCUCCCCCUUAUUUUGUUGGCUCCAGUGUUGAACGGGAAGCUAUGGGCUUCUGCGAUAUGCUUCUUGGGCUGAAUGAAGGGCAUCCACACAAAAAUCCCCAAAAUUGGAAUUUCUAGCAACUCAAAGACUGAGACAUAAUUCUCUGUUUUACAUUAGGAAGCUAAUCAAUUUAUCUAGGGAUUGCCUGCAGCUUUACUAGGCUUUCUCUUUCCAAUUGAACUUACCCUUUCCUUGAGUUAAAAUCAAAUCAUUAUUAUUUACUUUUUAACACUGUUGAUGCAGCAUUUCUCUAAUUUUCCAUCAGCAAUUCCAAAAUCAUAAACAAAAACUUCAAAUCAUCACAAAUAACUCCACAACAUGCCACAGCAUAUCCAGAGCAUCACAAUUCCAAACCUCGUCACUAAUUCUAACGACACUAGCAGACUUUUCAUGAAUUUUACACAUCUUUUUUUAAUCAUAACUUCAAGCAUUCGCAAUUCCUUCACACAAUAUCUUUCAUUUGCUUCAUAAGAUGAAUUCAGGCAUGGCUUUUGAUACCAGCAUCGUUUCGACUUCAAUCUCCUUUUUAGAACUUCCUAACAGUCUCGCUUGAACCUUAUAAUCAUUCUGCUUGGAUAUUGAGCUCACUACUAAUAGCAGAGUUCACAACUACAGCAUCCAAGCAUUCAUCUCAAACAACUCACUUUUAUCUUCAACACUACUUUUAUAAUCCAAUUACCCUUCAGCGGUAUGAUUAUCAGUAUCUACAUCAAUUGAGAACCCUCCAUCCAGCAGUAGGCUAAAGGCAAAAUCUAUAUCUCCUCCCACAGAAUCAUAUCUUUUUUGCAAUUUUGAUAUCAAAAUCUCAACUUUUUAAUGUAAAGAUUUAUCAAAAUUUCUUUCAUUAAAAUCUCUAUAAAAUCCGAUCCUAAAAGCGGACUAAGUCUAGGCUCUGCACAUUAACAGAAUUGCUACCUUGCCUAGCUGUCUAUUUAUGGGUCGGCAAGCCUUUCCGGGUAUAAAUAAAUACGCGCUCGAGCUGCAAUGCCGAAAGGUAAUGACCAUCAGAGACGCCAUAUAUUAUUUAGUAAAGUAAAUACCACAUUGGAAAACUCCAAUGGAAAUUUACAAAUAAAUAAACAAAAUAAAAGAUCAAAAAGUGUCCAGUCAAAAAUUGGGAAGAAAAAGCCACCACAGCUCUCGAUAGGAGGGCUGAUGGCUUAAAAUCAAACUUAUUACAGGUUGGUGUGCUUGCCUAUAGGUAGCGCAAUCACCAAGUAACCCUCCAGGGUUCACCCUCUUUAAGACAACUCAUGGUAGAACUUGUUGAAUAAGAUGAUGAUUCACCAGUAACUAAGGCUACCUUCCCUUGUCAGCAAGUGGGAAGGCUAUGGGCUUCUGCAGCUUGCCGCUUUGGUAUAUGAAGGUUGUCCACACGAAAUUCCCAAAAUUGGAAUUUCUGGUUGAUUAGGAAUGCUCGAUUAGCCUAGGCGCUGCUUUUUGACGAUGCAGAACUUUUCACUUCCAACUCUGAACCCACCUUUCCCUCGAGGUAAAUCCAAUCCUAAAUGCAGACUAAUGCUAGACUCUGUAUAUUAACAGAAUUGCUUACCUAGCAUAGCUGUCAAUUUCUGGGUAGGCAAAAUCUCGCUGAUAUAAAUAAAUAUGUGCUCGAGGCUGCAUUGUUGGGAGGUAAUGCCGGGCCGAGACACCAUAUUUAUUAUAGGAGUGCUGAGGACAAAUCAAGAUUUUAUUAUGUCAUCGGCUGAUUCUAAUAGUCUUCUGCAAUCUCCUUUAGCUCCAGUAUAUCAGGCUGCGAAUUCGAUCCUUUCGCCGAAUUAUCAGAAUUUGCCUUAUAUGCUCUAUGAGCAUUUGUUCAGGUAA